GAAAUAAUGUGUAGGACUCCUGCAAGGGGGAAUCUGUCAUUACAAGUUGUAAUAGAUAGAGUUUUAAAAUGUCCAUACAUAGAUAUCCUAACUAGAGAUAAUGUUGAGCAAGAAAAUCGUUGUAAUUGGUGAUGGUGCCUGUGGUAAAACAAGUCUGUCAGUUGCUUUCAGCCAAAACGAAUUUCCUGAAACCCAUGUCCCCACAGUUUAUGAUACGUACAUAAAAACAAUAAAUGUAGAUGGGCAAAAUGUGGAACUUGCAAUUUGGGAUACUGCCGGGGAAGAAGAUUACGACAGACUCAGACCUUUGUCGUAUGCAAAGGCAAGUGUUAUAAUCGUGUGUUUUACAAUUGACAGUCCAGUUUCUUUGGAUAACGUGAAGAAAAAAUGGGGGCCCGAAGUUAAACAUUAUUGCAGGAAAGUUCCCAUACUCCUAGUUGCUAAUAAAUUAGAUUUGAGGAAUAAUAAAGAAACAAUUGAAAAUCUACAAAGAUAUAAUAUGCAACCCGUGAAGUAUGUACAAGGGUUAAAAGUGUCGAAAAAAAUUGGUGCGCGGGGGUAUAUCGAAUGUUCAGCUAAACAUAUGAUGGGUGUUCACGAAGUUUUCAGAAAUGCUGCUAAAAUUGCUUUAGAGAAACCAAAGGAAAAAAGACUCAAGCGGUGUGUGUCGAUGUGUUCAUUUUUCCGGUUAAAACUACGUGAUUAGAUAUCAGUAUUACUAUUUUUGUAUUUUGCUCUUGUAAUAAAAUUAUGUAUUAUU